GUUAAAAGUUUUGUUUGAAAAUUUGCGGGAACCUCAUUUUCGUGGACGUGCUAAGUGUUUUAAUGAAUUCAAGGACGCGGGGACUAAAACUUAAAAUUUUUCACACUUAGAAAAAAAUAGAGCCCCCAAAACUGAAACAGAAACCCUAAGCUCAGUCUCGAGCUCCUCCCAAACUCGAGCGCCUCUCUCCUCACUCGAACUCGCCGCUCUUGUUACCUUCAUCGCCUCCUUCAUCUACCUCCUCCGACUCCGACUCCGACCCCGACCCCGAACCCAACUUCCUCCUGCUUUCUCCGCCCUCCUACCCGAUCUUCUGAUGACAAUUAUAAUCUGUGAUUGAAAGAGGUUGAAUCGGUUCGACCCCGACCCCGAUUGCGGUUUCUCCAACUAUAAUUUCCGACGACCGAACUCGAAAUCAAAGAUGGGGCACAACCGAAACGCCAUUUAAUGCCCAGAUCUAGAGUGAAGAGAAGAAAAACGAAAAGCGAAAGCAAAACCAGAGAGAGGGGUAAAGGUCGAGGAUAAUGGAUGCGAAGCUAAACCAGCUGACUCACAACUUUGGGUGUUUCAAAGCGGUGCUGAUCCGUAAUGAUUUUGCACUUAGGUUGAAUCGUAAAGAUUUGUAUUAUUAUGAUGCUUCUUCGCGUAGUCACUGCCGCAGCCGCAGCCGAAGUCUCUACAGCAGUCUCAGAUCGGAACAGUGUUGCAGCUUCUCGCCGGAGGUGUGGCCGGAGCUCUGGCUAAGACUUGUACUGCGCCUCUUGCUCGGCUUACUAUAUACUCUUUCAGAUACAAGGCAUGCACUCGGAUGUUGCAACUAUGAGAAAAGCUAG